AAUUUUCAAAGAAUAACCAUAAUAAAAUUGCAGUGAGUUGUCUAAACCAGUCAGCAAAGAGAUGGCAGCUUAUUCACUCCUGUCCACACUUUCCUCCCCAUUUUCUCGCUCCCCAAACAGAACUCCGAAGCUUCCUCCCCUCUCUCUCACUUCCACUUCUAAACCUUCUUUUCUCUUUCCAACCAGGAAACUCUCUCUCCCUUCUCUCCACAGUCUCAUUUUCAAUCAAUCCAAAAACAGUUCUAACAAUAAUUCUAGUAAUAAUUACAUCGUUUCUUCAGCUUUCGAUUCCUUCUUUAUUCUCUGCACUUCGCUUGCUUUAUCUUUCUCGCUAUUCGUAACCGAUGUGGGAGCCGCCUCGGCCUUUGUGGUGACCCCUCCCCGGAAAUUACAGUCCGAUGAGUUGGCUACGGUUCGUCUUUUUCAAGAGAACACUCCCUCUGUUGUUUAUAUCACCAAUCUCGCCGUCAGGCAAGAUGCUUUUACGUUGGAUGUGCUGGAGGUGCCACAAGGAUCGGGGUCGGGUUUCGUUUGGGACACAGAUGGUCACAUUGUUACCAAUUAUCAUGUGAUCCGUGGUGCUUCUGAUCUCAAGGUUACUUUUGCGGACCAGACGACAUAUGAUGCAAAAGUUGUUGGAUUCGACCAAGACAAGGACGUAGCUGUAUUGCGUGUUGAUGCCCCCAAAGACAAACUAAGACCUAUACCUAUUGGUGUCUCUGCAGAUUUACUUGUUGGCCAGAAAGUAUAUGCCAUCGGUAACCCUUUUGGACUUGAUCACACUCUUACAACUGGUGUUAUCAGUGGGCUUCGCAGAGAGAUCAGUUCUGCGGCUACCGGUCGCCCAAUUCAAGAUGUUAUACAGACAGAUGCUGCUAUUAAUCCUGGUAAUAGUGGAGGGCCACUCCUAGAUAGUUCAGGAAACCUUAUUGGGAUAAACACCGCUAUAUAUUCUCCUUCUGGUGCAAAUUCCGGUGUUGGAUUCUCGAUUCCAGUUGACACAGUUAGUGGCAUCGUUGAUCAGUUGGUGAAGUUUGGGAAGGUGACAAGACCUAUUUUAGGGAUUAAAUUUGCACCCGACCAAUCCGUCGAGCAGUUGGGAGUAAGUGGUGUGCUUGUCUUAGACGCUCCUGCGAAUGGUCCAGCCGGCAAGGCGGGUCUGCGACCAACAAAGCGUGAUGCUUAUGGUAGACUCGUAUUGGGUGAUAUAAUAACUUCUGUUAACGGAAAGAAGGUCACCAAUGGCAGCGACUUGUACAGAAUUCUUGAUCAAUGUAAAGUUGGUGAUAAGGUUACCGUCGAGGUGUUGCGCGGUGAUCAUAAGGAGAAGAUCCCGGUAAUUCUCGAGCCAACGCCAGAUGAGACAUGAAAUGUCUUUUUGCUGUGGUGUGUAACAUUAGAUGGGUUGCGACUGUUACGAGAACGGGGCUUUAGGAAUGUCGUGGUUGUCUUGGUCCAGCGAAUUCGAGGUUUCCUUACCAGACAAUGGAAUGUGGUGAUCUAGCAUGGUUAUGGUGAAGUCAACCUGCCUGCGGAUUCUCUAGCGAGAAGUACGAACUGCAAUCCGAUUGGUUUCCAUUUUCUAGGGAGGGCUCCAGCUGAUCUGCAGCAGAUUUUAUUGUUCGAGAGUUCAGGGACCUCUCCUAGCAGUCUUCAUCGGGCAUAGUUUCUCCUAGUUAGUGUUUUGUCUUUGUUAUUAUUUACCAUUUUUUUAAUUUAAAAUUUUAUUUUUUGAAAAAAAAACGUAUAAAAUUAUAAAUAAAUGAACACCCAUUUUUAUCA